UUCAUGUCUUUACGACAUCCCCCUCCUCUCCGUCAGCAAAUCUACUUUCUCAUGCGUUAUCAAGGUUGUUUGUGAAAUCCAUUCUCUGUUCUUUGUAUAGAGCGAUUUUCCCUGCUACGUGCGUUGGAAUCGUAUUGACCAAAACAUUUAUUUUGGUAAAGAUGCAAGGAAACUGGGGCCCCCGUGGUGAACAGCAGAAUCAUGGCCCAUCUAGACACCAGAUGGAAAGUCAGAAAAAACCUGGAGAUAACAGCAAUGGACAGCAUGCAGAUGAGCAGGAGAGCCCAAAUGCUGGGAUAACCAUAGAUCUACAGAACUUCAGGAAACCCGGAGAGAAGACUUACACUCAACGUAGCCGUCUCUUUGUGGGAAAUUUACCAACUGGUGUUACAGAGGCGGAGGUGGAGAAGUUGUUUUCCAAGUAUGGCAAGGCAGCUGAGAUUUUCAUCAACAAGGACAGGGGGUUUGGAUUCAUUAGACUGGAGACCAAAACAGUGGCUGAGAUUGCUAAAGCCGAACUUGAUGAAACCUCAUUCAGAGGCAGACAGUUGCGCGUGCGGUUUGCGACACAUGGUGCUGCUCUAGCUGUGAGGAAUUUGCCACAGUUCAUUUCCAAUGAGCUCCUGGAAGAGGCUUUCUCCUUCUUUGGCCAGAUUGAAAGGGCCAUAGUUAUAGUGGAUGAUAGAGGGAGACCCACAGGAAAGGGGAUUGUGGAAUACACAGCCAAGCCUGCAGCAAGGAAGGCUCUGGAUAGGUGUGCAGAUGGAGCCUUUCUAUUGACUGCAUUCCCCAGGCCAGUAACAGUCGAACCAAUGGAGCAGUUUGAUGAGGAUGAGGGACUGCCAGAGAGGAUUGUAAACAAAAAUCAAGUUUUUCACAAGGAGCGGGAGCAUCCACCAAGGUUUGCUCAGCCAGGGACAUUUGAGUAUGAGUAUGCAAUGCGCUGGAAGGCCCUUUUGGAGAUGGAGAAGCAGCAAUAUGAGCAGGUCGACAGGAACAUAAAGGAGGCUCAGGAGAAGCUGGAGCAGGAGAUGGAGGCAGCCAGACAUGAGCACCAGGUUGUCCUGAUGAGACAAGACCUGCUGAGGCGUCAGGAGGAGCUGAGGAGAAUGGAGGAGCUCCAUAACCAGGAGAUGCAGAAGAGGAAGCAGAUGGAAUUGCGUCAGGAAGAGGAGCAUCGCAGGAGGGAAGAGGAGAUGAGGAUGCACACCGAGGAGAGGAUGAGGAGGCAGCAGGAGGGCUUCAAGGGGAACUUCCCUGGAAAUGAGAUGCGGAUGCACAUGCAAGGUCAAGGAAUGAACAGAAACUCAAUGGGUGGUGUUGAAGGAAAGCCCAGCGGGCCCAACCCUGGAGCUGCCAACAUGCCUGCUGAGAACCCCCCUUUAAUGCAGGGGGCAGGAAACGACACCAUGCCCGUAGGAGGCCAACCUGGCUUCGCAAGAGGCCCUGGCCAAGGCCCUGCUGACUUUUCCAACAAGCGUCGCAGAUUCUAAAAUGGUCAAUUCAACUUUUUUUACUUUUCAAACUGUACUAUAUUUUAAGUCAUACAUGGAUUAUUACAUUUUAUGUACUGUGAAAAAUUGUAUGGGGAUUUUUUUUUUUAAGUGUCAAGUUGGCAUUUUCGUAUUUCAGAUGAAUACUGCUUCUGUAUAGACUUUCUUUUUAUUCCUCAAAACCAGUGGUGUAGUGGAGGGUAAACGCAAAUGCAUUGCAAAUGUGUGGAGUGUUGCUUUUUUUCAUCGUGACCGGCGAUCAGUUUACCCAGCUAUUUUUAUACCACUACACCACUCCUCAAAACAAUGUACUUUUAUAUAGCAAUAGUACAUUUGUCACGCUCAUUCUCUCUCUAGGCCUUUCUGAACAGCUUUAAAUAAAAUCUUAAUUCCA